AUGGCGGACGACAAUGACUUCUGCGACCCCGCCUGGCCUCCAGGCACUAUCAAGCUGGCGCAGCUUGUUGGAGGCGACAAGAAAGAUGCGGAAAUUAUCCUCCAACCCAGGCCAACGGACAACCCCAACGAUCCUCUGAACUGGUCCAAACCGUCGAAGAUCUUGAAUUACUUCCUCGCAUCGUUCUACGCUAUGAUGGUCUACGCCUUCAUCAACGCAACUUCGCCAACCUGGGGCCCCAUGGGUGAUGAGCUCGGUUUCAGCUCAGCGACUCUGACAAACACAUACGCAAUUGGAUGCGCGACCCUGGCAUUAGGAGCUCCCAUGCUUAUUCCUUUCGCCCUUAAAUACGGUUCGAGAUCGGUCUACAUAUUCAGCAGUGCCGCGCAGUUUGGAAUCUCGAUAUGGGCAGCAAGAACACAGACGGCAGGGGAUUGGUGGGGUGUGAAUGCUCUCCAAUGCUGGCUGGGAGCUCUUUCAGAGGUCUUAAUUCAAAUGACCAUCGCCGACGUCUUCUUCGUCCAUCAAAGAGGACUGAUGAACACGAUCUAUGUCUGGGUCUUCAACAUGGGAGGCAACCUCGCAGUCGUAGCUGCAGGCUUCGUCACGGCAGACAUUGGUUGGAGAUGGGUGUGGUGGAUUUGUGCCAUUAUCUUUGGUUUCCAACUGCUCAUGUUCUUCUUCGGUUUCGAGGAAACGAAGUUCACUCACUUUGAGACAUUGGAAGCUCGCCAAGGCAGCGUUGUGACAGCCCCUGACAUUUCCGGUCAUAUUCACGGCGACUACGAGAAAGAGACCAAGGCGCCAGAGACAUCAUCUGAAAGCCAGGACGUCGAGCCUGGCUCAAUGCAAGAUGCAUCCCGCAACAUGAGCGUCAUCCACAUCAACCCGAACAUUCCACGAAAGACAUACUUGCAAAAACUAGCGCUGACGACAACUUCGCCUGGCAGCUGGUCUCACUUCCUUCGCCACUCGUGGCAACCCUUCAUGAUUCUAGGCUCUGUUCCAGGCGUUGCUUACUGCUCCCUGGUAUAUGCCAUUGUGCUGGCGUGGUCGACGGUCAUGACAUCGGUCUUGAGCAUCUACAUGCUUGAUGCACCGUACAACUUCACAGCAGACAAAAUCGGACUCAUGAGUCUUGCACCUUUCAUCGGCAACACCCUCGGCGCCAUCAUCUGCGGUCCCCUGAGCGACUUCAUCGCCAUCAAGCUCGCCAAGCGCAACAACGGCAUCUACGAGCCCGAAUUCCGCUUCUGCGUCUUCCUGCCGUUCGUCCCCUUCCAAAUCGCCGGAGCCUGGUGGUUCGGCUACAGCCUCAACAACGGCUGGAGCUGGGUCCAAGUCGCCCUCGCCUACGGACUGUGCAACUUCGGCUCUGCGCCGCUGCAGUCCGUAGCACUCACCUACAUGCUCGAUGCGUACAAUGAGAUCAUUGGAGACUCCCUCACGGGACUGACGUUCGUCAGAAAUACCUUCAGCACGAUCUUUGUCUUUGCCAUGCCGGCUUGGAUCGACGGUGUCGGAAUGGCGAAUGUGUUCAACACGAUUGGUGCGAUUGGGACCUUGAUCUUGGGUUUCUCCGGGUUCUUUAUCUGGAAGGGGAAGCAUUUGAGAGUGAAGACGGCGAGGGUGUACAAGUACUAUGCCGAGAGGCAGUUUGACGCGAGGCCGAUGUAA